GGUAGGCGUGGUUUGAUUUGUUUGUCACGUGAUCAUUUGCAAAACAAAAUGGCGGUCAGAGGACUCCUCUCCUCCAGUCGCUAUAUGAGGCCCUGGUAUGGCUCUGUCUGUGCUCUACGACCAGUUAAUACUACGAGCCAAGUGAAAAACGAGCUACAACCUCAACCUUCUUCAUUCCCUGGUAUCACGAGCCUAUUGAAGGAGAAGACAGGAGAAACUGGAAAGCACAUAGUCGGCAUUGGUUUAGUAGCUACUUUGUAUUCUAAAGAAAUAUUAGUAUUUCAUGCUGAGACGCUAGUAGGAAUCAGUGUUUUUGGUGUCAUUUUUCUUUUAAUGAGAAGAGUUGGUGGACAACUGAGGGAGUUCUUUGACAACAGAGCACAGGGUAUUCUGGAUGAGAUGAAUGCGGCUAAGAAUGCUACCAUCACUCAGUUGACUGAUGAGAUAGCAGCUGCUAAUAAUCUUGAGAAGGAACUGUCUAUUCGUGAUGACCUCUAUGAGAUAUUAAGAGAAGAGGCACUGAUGAAGAGAGAGGAGAUAUACAGGGUCCAGCUGUCAGACAUUAGGAAGGAAGUCAUGAGGCGUCUGGAGUAUCAGCUCCAACUUGAAAACCUUGAGAAAGAAUACGAGAAGAAGCACCUUGUAUCAUGGCUACAGGAGAAUGUAUAUAAGUCUCUUACUAGCAAACAAGAUGAUAAUAUUGCUCAGUGUAUCGGCUCUUUAAAGAAGCUCACAGCUGCUUAGUUUGAAAAGGAUUAAGGAACAGUUUUAGUAUUUAUGUGCAUAUCAAUAGUAGACCUUUGAAUUAUUGUUUAAAAAUAAUGUUACAAGAGAA